UCCUCCCUCUGGCUGGCCCACCCCCAUCAUCCUCUCCUCGCUUCUCCUUCCGCCCCGGAGAUCGACGGCUGCUUGCCGCACUUGCACUCGCUCCCACAGGCAAGGCAACCAUGGCCGCCUCUGCCUCUGCCGCCGCCGCGGUGCCUGCUACCUUCCUCCCGCGCCUCGCCACGCCACGGUCCCCGUCUCCUGUGCUCCCUUCGCCCGUACUGAGAGCGCAUCCCGUCGUCGCUCCUCUCUCCCUCUCCGCCAAACGCUGCGCCUGCGCCUGCGCCGCCACGGGCUCCGGCUUCUCCUCCUCCAACUCCGGAAAUCAAACCUCACUGAUGCCGCCGUUCAGCUUUACAUUCGACCAAGAUUCUUCUAGUUCCAAAAGGCCAUAUAGAUGGAAAAGGGUAUUGCUUAAAGUAAGUGGGGAAGCACUUGCUGGGAAUCACACAGAAAACAUCGACCCAAAGAUUACAAUGGCUAUUGCAAGAGAGGUUGCUUCUGUCACCAAGCUAGGUGUAGAGGUUGCAAUUGUUGUUGGCGGUGGCAAUAUCUUCCGUGGGGCCUCUUGGGCUGGAUGUAGUGGUCUUGACCGCUCAUCUGCGGAUUACAUUGGCAUGUUGGCCACUGUGAUGAAUGCUAUAUUUCUUCAAGCAACAAUGGAGAGCAUUGGAAUACCGACCCGCGUCCAAACUGCCUUCCGUAUGUCAGAAGUUGCAGAACCAUACAUACGCCGAAGAGCUGUAAGGCAUUUAGAGAAAGGAAGAGUUGUCAUAUUUGCUGCAGGAACUGGGAACCCAUUUUUCACAACUGAUACAGCUGCUGCUCUCCGUUGUGCUGAAAUCAAUGCAGAGGUAGUGCUUAAAGCGACAAAUGUUGAUGGUGUGUAUGACGCGGACCCCAGGCAUAACCCAAAUGCCUGCCUUCUUGAGACUGUGAGCUAUCAUGAAGUUACGACAAGAGAUCUAUCAGUAAUGGAUAUGACUGCUAUUACACUAUGCCAAGAAAACAACAUUCCGAUUGUUGUGUUCAACUUGCAAAAGACUGGAAACAUUGCAAAGGCUAUUGUCGGUGAUAAGGUUGGUACCUUCAUCGGAUGCACAGGAAAUCAGGAACGAAAUGGAAACGUGCUAGUUGAAGAAAGAAGUUUGGUUAAUGAGGUGUGAGCUCCAGAGCUGCAAGAGUUGGGGCUCUCCCUCUUUUCUUGUUUAUCAGUUUAUAUAUAUGCGUAGGAGGUUUUAGGGCGGUUGGGUGGGGGCUGGUGCUGGAAUUAGAUUAAAUUAGGUAUCAAGAUCAUGAUAGUUGUAAACGAAAUAAUUUUUUUCCAAGACACUUUGACGAAAUAAUUUUUUUUUUCCUGCCAAAUGCUGAUGUUCUGUGUACAAUAGACUCAAGGAGAUUAUAACCAACAAAACUAUAUCUGUACAAGGAUCGAUUGUGGCUGUACCUAAAGAACAAUUUUGCAACCUCCCGGGACAGU